AUUUGUUUUUUACGGUCACCUGCUAAAUGGUUGCCAUAUGAAAUAUAUGAGUACAUUUAUUGGUCUAAAAUGAGACAGAUUCAGGCCAUGCAUUAUGUUUCAAAAGUAAUUUUUAUUUAAACAAUUUAGUAAAGACAACAAUGUGCCGAUCCAUAGAGAUUUUUACGUACGUUGCAAGAAUGUUCAGUAAGUCUAAAAUCAAUAAUUAGUCAUGCAUCUAGCGAUUGAUAAUCGACGAGAAAAUCCCACUUUCUACCCAAAAUAAUUCUCUUUCCCGGCAUUAGAUGUUAACAGUUGUUUAUCCAACAUCGUUGCCAUGGAAACUACAGAUUGGUUUAUCCCUGUUCUAUUAAUAAUUUUAUUGGCAAAGAUAAGACUUAUACACACAAAGAUAAUUUUCCGAUGGCCUAUAGCAACGGCAAACAAAGUUUUCUUCAGUUUUAUCAUCCUUUGUUCAAUUUGAUAAAACGUCUGACUGAGUCAUGUGGUCAACAACUUCUCUUAUUCCUGAAUAAACAUAAAGUCCGACAAAGGAAAAACCAUCACCCGAUAUUGCCAACAAAGAUAUAUCACAACGAAAUCUAAUACAUUGUUUUUGUAAUAAAAUACUAAAUCUUCGUAAGACGAAAGGUGAUAAACGCAUUUUCAGAAGAUUUAGAUAAAUUAACAGUAAAUCUAAAAUAAAAAAGCCGACUGAUUGUUGCUAUUAGGACUUCCUGAGAGCUCACAUCUGUCGGGAACUCGUAGUAUUUUUACAGGUUAUUCUGACCAUUCAUGAUAUUCUCUUCAAGAGCAUUUUAAGAUGUAUUUUUUAUGUUAAGUCAGUAAAAUUACAAUCGAUUUUGGUGAAAGACGGCUAUCAUUGAAGUCAAGAGUGAAAGAAAGCUGUGUAAUAUUACAUUUCUCUUGGCGAUGUUCAAGACUUCCGUCACAUAGAAGUAGUAUUGGUGAGCAAUGUUUAACAUACAGUCAUACAGGUGUAGCAACACAACAUCUUUCUCUAAUUUAUGAUUACCAUCUCCUUCUACUUUUUCAGUUUAUCCAUUAAAUGAAGAAACCACUGCGUCAUCAAAUUAACUUCAGCCAAUCAAAUAGAUCCUCUUUAACGUUACCUAGCAACUCAUACAAUAAAAAGUCAAAAAUCGAUUUAUAGUUGAAGUAGGCCCGCAUUUAGAUCAGUCAGUCACCGUGGUGAAGAGAAGGCACUUUGAAAGCAUCUUGCUUCAAAAAGGUUGCAAUUAAUCUGUGCGUGUUUCACUAAAUACAGGAAAAUACAACAAGCAAUGGUCGACCAUUCCUCGAACCCAACAUUUCCUCCACUGCCACCAGAUCCUGGAGGAGACCCUGGUCAAGAUAUUCUAGAGAAUGUUUUAAAACAAUUAGAAGAUUGUGGAGUGAACGGGACAAAUUUAACGUCGAUUUCGUCCAUGAAUGAUUCGCAGCGGAUACUGUACAUAGGAAGUCUUUUAGAUAAAUAUAAUUGCUCCGGUGCGGGUAAUGGGCCACCGACAUCAAUUCCACAAGUUGGUAAUUCUAAAAUCCCGCCACACGUUCUGCUUGUUAUCUAUUUCGUUACUGUAAUGGUGCUUGGCUUGCUCGUUAAUCUAUGUGUUAUCGGAACAAUCACUCGAGUUCGAAGACUGAGAACAAUUACAAACUGUUUCGUACUAAGCUUGGCGUUUGCAGACUUGUUGAUGGCUGCUGUAGUCGUUCCAUUGCAGAUUAAAGAGCUGUACCGACCACAAACUCAAUCAUCGCCAUUUAUAGAUACCCUUUUUCCCAUUCUGGGUGUCGCGUCUCUACUAAAUUUGUGCGCUGUGACGCUAGAUCGUUACUUUACCAUUACAAACCCACUGACUUACGAAGCUAAAGUCAGUUCCGUACGAGCAGGCUUUAUCAUCGCCUCUAUAUGGAUCAUAGCCACAGCGCAGGGAUUGAUAGAUCUACUUGCUAUCCCUUUUGAAGAUCAACCUGUCUUUCAAGUGGUUCGUUUCGUGAUUGUGUUUAGCAUUCCAUUUAUAUGCGUAAUCUUUGUGAAUACGAAAAUUUACUGUAUUGCCAGAGGUCAUGCCAGGCAAAUAAGAGCCAACGAACCAGGCCAAACUACUUCUGGUGGACGAAGUUUUUCAAGAAAGAUAAAGACAGCGCAAGUCAUUGGAUUAUUAGUUGGCACAUUCGUAUUAACGUGGCUCCCUUACUUCAUACUAACUAUCUAUGAGCAAUUCGAGGAAGGAAAAGGCAACACACCUAGAGCCUUGAAGAUUGUUAAAAAAGUAACUGAGGCGUUAGCUUGUAGUACGGCAUUGUUCAACCCACUUCUGUAUGGAUUUCUGAGAAAAGAAGUCCGAAUCGCAAUAAUACGCGGUCUAAAAUGUCAGAACGUAAAUCUCUCAGAUUUGGACACUACCGCGACGGCAGAGAAUACGACACGUCGACUCGAAAUCACACGAAAGUAAAGAAAUCGAACUGAACAUUUUCUAAAGAGACACCUCAGCAGACUCUAAAAUGGACAUUGUUGAUAUAUAGGACUACAGCUCAUAAAAAGUACAAAUGACUUGUGAUGGGUUGAUUGAUGGACAAUUAAAAAAAGAACUAUGAAAUAAACUCAUCAUGAAUUAUGAUGGUUGGAGACCUCCAUUCUAAUCAUCUCACGCAUAUUAUGUGUGGGCUGUCAGUUUGUAGUGUUGGGAACCUCCCACCUGCUGUAGUAUAAUAUCUAUCACAAUAAUCGAAUAUGACUAAUUCUGUAUCAUUUCGUAUUAGAUUUUCUUAUAUAGCGGUGUAAUGGCAUAGGAUCAAGUUUAAAAACCUAUAUUAAUUUUAACCUGGUGUCUCAAGGGUUGAAGCACACACUGUUACAGUAUGUAAGUGUUAAAAAAUCGGACUGAGUUCAUGUGCAAUAUCAAUGUUCAGCCCUCGUGGUGUUAUCACGUUAUGAAUAAACAUCAAUCACAAAACUGGGAAAACUUUACUGUAAUGCUUCUAUAUCUUCAUAACAGUAUUCUCAACAAAAACCCUCGGGCAAUUUGGCAAGCUCCAUCAAAAAAAUCAACCCGAACAGUCAACAAAUUUGAAAGCCGCUUGACAGACAAACUCUCUACAAUUCAGACAGUUCCUGAAUGUGAAAAWUAAAUGAAGAACAAAAAACAAACAGCAAGAAUGAAACUUUCCUGUAAAAGGUUAACCGACAUACAAAAAGGGUUCAGUCCCACUUUAUACAAAAUUAUAGUUUAGAUCAAGGAAAACAUACACUCCCUUGAACAAAAAAAGCUUAUUUGGUGAUAGCAUUCUUUCUGAGAUGAUGAAUUAUAGCUUCAAAUAAACAGAUCUUUAUGCUAGACAAGCUGAGCUGAAUACGUUAAAAUAAAAUUUGAUAUUUUUUUCUAUUUUGGUCACAAUCAACCAAUUACAGAGAAUAAUCAGUAAUGUUUAAUUUCCACGAAACAAAUGAAAAAGAAAAGAAAACUAAAGACAUAGCGACCUCUUUAAGCAUAUCUGAGCUAACGGAACGAAAGCAUCCGGUUUGAAAUAAUGGCCUUAUAUACGAAGCCGACCUCCGUUCAAAAUUUAGCGACGAGUAACUUACGUACCACUAAUGAAGAACGAAAACACAAAAUAAAAACAAAGUGCGAAAAACAAAGAAUUAAAUGAAAAUACUGACAUCCAAAUCCUAGAAAAUUAGAAAAGACAGUCUGUUCAAACAAUGAGAAGGGGUAAGCUGAUCAAGACUAAGUUGGUUUGGUGAUAAUAAGAAGUCAAAGUCUGCUUCUCUGAGAGGAGUAAAAAAACCACUGUCAGAAUCAUACUUUAGAGGUGUAAGUCCUGAAUGGAAUGUAGACAAUGGUGAAGACUGGACAGGAAUUUGAGAUGCUGCAAUUGUCCCUUUUGGUGUAGAAAGGUGAGCUGGUGUGAGAAUCAAUGAGUUAAACUCUUGUAUCUU